AUGUCUUCCUCCCUGCCCCCUGAUCCGUACAAGAUUUUAGGCGUCUCCAAGGAUGCGCAGCUCCCCGAGAUCCGAUCCGCCCACCGCAAGCUGGUCCUCAAGUGCCACCCCGACAAGGUCCAGGACCCGGCCCUCAAGGCAAUCAAGCAGGAUGAGUUCCAGAAGGUCCAGCAGGCCUACGAGCUGCUGAGCGACGAGAACGAGCGCCUCAAGUACGACGACAACGUCAAGCUCGCCGAGCUCCGCAAGGAGAUGGCGGCGGCCAAGGGCGCCAACACCUCCGCGCCCCGGGCCGCCUCCGCGAGGACCUACGACGUCAACAUCCGCACCGCCGAGCCCCGAGCAGACACCUUCAAGACGACGACGUCGUCGACAUACCGGUCGCCCAACAAGAUGUACUCGCAGUACCCUUCGCGAUCGUGGGACGAGGAGAUCCACCGGUCAAGUCCCAUCUUCGAGGAGCCCCGUGCGGCCCGCCGGGCUGCGAGCUACGAGAAGGACUACGGAAAGGUCUACGAGAAGACGUACGAGAAGCCGUCUCGCCAGGAAGAGGAGAGCGCCGCGGAUCGCGAACGUAGACGGAGGAAGGAGGAGGAGAGGAGGAUACGAGACGCAGAGAAGGAACGCCAAGAACGCAAAGACAGGGAGAGAGCUGCCAGGAAACAGGCAGAAAGAGCCGAACAGAAGGCCGCUGAGGAGAGGGAGCUUCUUCGUCGCCAGCGCAAGGCCCAAGAAAAGGCUCAGGAAAAGGCCGAGAAGGAGCGUGAAAAGGCUCGCAAGGCUGAGGCCGCGUCGAAGAAACACAGGAACGUGGGUGCUUAUGUUGAAGAUUUCGGUGAGGGCGAGACCUACUUCAAGGAGAAGAAAUCGAGCAGCAGCAAGAAGAGGGAGGAGGAGAAGGUGCGGUCCCGCUCCAUCCCGCGAGAAGUCGUGCGUGAAGAGGCCCCGCCGCCAACUCCUGCCCUCCCGACCGAUGCCUCCGCCACAAAGAUGGACGACAACAUCCUCUUUGCUGCAGCCUACAUGGACAAGUCUCGCCGCGGACCGGGACCCGGUUUGGCUCGUGCCGCGACGUACCACGAGAGCAGCCGCUUCGCUCCCCCGGUCGCAGCUCCCACGCCGCCCGCUGUGACACCCUUCGCGGCUCCCCCAGUGCCUCCCAUGCCUGCCGAGGACGACGCCCGCCGCUCAAAGACGAGACGCUCAUCCGAUUCGAAGCGGGACAAGUCGAGCCAUAAGAAGUCGCCCGCCAAGGAGCCGGCUUACAACAUCGUGGAAGCCUCCCCGACUACCCGCAUGCCCCAAUAUGCUUCUACGCACUCAUCGCCCAUGGCCGGCGGCUCACCCCCCAAGGUCACCAGGGCCACCACCUUCGACACUGGUGGCUACAGCCGCCCGAUUCCUGGCCUGCAGAGGGCUCAGACUUUCCACCCCGGCGCCGACGAUUCGCGCGGCCGCCACCGCUCGAGGAUGCAAUCGCAGACCGUCAGCGAAGACUCGGAAUCCGAGGACGAGCCGCGACACUCCCGCAGGAGUCACCGCAAGAUCGUCGACGACGCCGUCCCCAUCGACUACAACGCCGGCCGCUCAACCCGCUACACCGUCAACGCCGGGCGUGCUGUCCCAGUCGAAUCGAAGUCGUCGCACUACUACCGCGAUGAGUCUCCGCCUCGCUCCAGGCCAUACUACGUCGAGCGCCCUUCGAUGGACCGGGGUUCGAGUGGCUACUCGGGCUUCGACAGCGUCAAGACCUCUGCUCCCUACAACGUCACUUACAGUGACAUCCCUCGCAGAGCUCGUGACCCCCAUUACGAGUAUGCUGGAUACGCCUAG